AGUAUGUUUGACACCCCUGAUCUAAAGGAAAAUUUGACCUCUUUGGAUCAGAACAGAAACAACAUUAAACACAAUAAAUCACAAUAAUAUCUGCAGCAAAGGAGGUUAAUUUAACCAAAUCUAAUGUCAUGGAGAAAGUCUUGGUGGAAGCAGGUAAACGGGGGUUAAAGGUCAGACCUGAGGUGUUGGUCUGCACUACACACCUGUCUGACAGUUUCCUGCUGGCUCUCUGACAGCUGCACCGUCCAGCUGAGCUCAACCUGCAGCGACCGAGGAACGCACUCCAGGAACGAGGAGUUUCCCUCAACACCAAACACCACCUUCACCUCCACAGAGUCUGAAUCUGACAGAAAAACACGAAGAAACAAGAACGCAGAACAUGAAAUGUGAGCAUCUGAAUGUUCCAGUCAGUGGAGACCCUACAAGAACUUUAGGACAGGAAAAAAUAAAAUGUUCACUCAAUUUCAACCAGUUCUAUUAGAAAAAGCUGUACUGGUGUUUUUAUGAAGCAGCAGAUGCACAGUACAUCCUCUAGAGGGCGCCACAUAUCUGCCUCCAGACUGAUUACAACAGGAACCCUUUAAAAAAAACAGGAAACAGUUCAGAAAGUGUCAGAGAUGGAGAAUCCACCGUGAGGAUCACCUUCAUCAGCUACUCAGGGCAGACUAACAGUGAACGAGGAGAACAGAGAGAGCUGAGGGACCGAGACGCUGAAACACAGACUGCUGCAGGAGGAAAGACAAGAAAAUCAAAGUGAAACUUCACUCAGAGACUAAAUGGCUUCCAGAUUAGAGGAGGAUCUCUGCUGUCCGGUCUGUCAGGACGUCUUUAAGGAUCCGGUUGUUCUGUCAUGUAGCCACAGCUUCUGUAAGGAGUGUCUGAAUAACUGGUGGAGACAGAAAGCAGCACAAGAGUGUCCAGUUUGUAAGAGGAGAUCUUCAAGGAAUGAACCACCCUGUAAUCUGGCUCUGAAGAACCUGUGUGAGACCUUCUUACAGCAGAGAGACCAGAGAGCUUCAGAGGAUCUCUGCAGUCUGCACUCUGAGAAACUCAAACUCUUCUGUCUGGACCAUCAGCAGCCAGUGUGUCUCGUCUGCAAAGAUUCAAAAAAACACACCAACCACAAAUUCAGACCCAUGGAUGAAGCUGCUGAGGAUCACAAGAAGAACCUUCAGGAAACUCUGGAACCUUUAAAAAAGAACCUGGAGCUCAGGAAGAAAGUUCUAGAGGAGUUUGAUCAGACAGCAGAACACAUGAAGGUCCAGGCCCGACACACAGAGAGGCUGAUUAAGGAGCAGUUUAAGAAGCUUCAUCAGUUUCUAGCAGAGGAAGAGGAGGCCAGGCUGGCUGCACUGAGGGAGGAAGAGGAGCAGAAGAGUGGGAUGAUGAAGGAGAAGAUGGAGGCUCUGAGCAGAGAGAUAGCAGCUCUUUCAGACACAGUCAGAGCCACAGAGGAGGAGCUGAGAGCUGAAGACGUCUCAUUCCUGCACAACUACAAGGCUGCAGUGGAAAGAGUCCAGCGCUGCCCCCUGCUGGAGGAUCCACAGCUGCCCUCAGGAGCUCUGAUAGACCAGGCCAAACAUCUGGGCAACCUGGCCUUCAACAUCUGGAGCAACAUGGAGAACAUGGUCUCCUACACUCCUCUCAUCCUGGACCCAAACACCGCUCAUCCAAAACUCAUCCUGUCUGAAGAUCUGACCAGUUUGACUUUUGGAGAGAAACAGCAGCUUCCUGAUAAUCCAGAGAGGUUUGGGUUAGAGUGGUCUGUCCUGAGUUCUGAGGGCUUCAACUCAGGGAACCACUGCUGGGAUGUUGAUGUUGGAGACAGAAAAGGCUGGGAGGUUGGUGUGAUAGAAGAGUCUGCCCAGAGGAAGAGAGACAUAGCGUCUGGAUUGUUGUUUCUAGAGUUCUAUGGAGGUAAAUACUACGCACGGUCUUCUCCAUCUCCUCGCAUGUUUCUCUCAGUCCAGAAGAAGCUCCAGAGGAUCAGAGUGAAUCUGGACUGGGACAGAGGAAAGCUGUCCUUCUCUGAUCUGGACACUAACUCACACAUACACACCUUCACACACACCUUCACUGACAAGAUGUUUCCAUACUUCAACACCUGGAAUAAAGUAAAAAUGCUACCGAUGAAGAUCUCAGUGAGCAAACAGCAGCUCUGAUGUUCUCAGCAUGAAGAACACAAAGUCCAGAUGAAACCUUGAUGAUCUGAUUGAAACUCUGUGAUUUUAAACAGAAUCUUGGAGCUUUUUAUUCUGAAUUACUUUGAAUUUAAACUUAGUUCUUGGGUUACUUUAUAUUUUGGUUAUUAACCAGAUUUAUUUGUAGGUUACUUAUUAUUUAAAUGUUUAGUAAAAUGCACUGGAUUUUAUUUAGAGGAUUUAGAGGGAAGGGUCCUGAAUGUAAAUGCAUGCCACACUUUUCAGAUAUUUGUUUUUACAUUUUCAUUAUGCUCCACUCAGCAGAUUUAUCUACAUUUAU